AUGGCAGCGGCGGCUGACACGACUGUCGGCAUUCAGGCAGACUUGCCUCGCCGCAAACCACCCCGUAUCUCGGACCUGCCGCUCUCCUCGUCCAAGCGUGCCUCAAUAGACAGUUUGCUGCACACCUUCAAGAAGAAGGGCCAGUUUGACGACCUGCGCAAGAACACCUUUGCCCAGUUCGACCACGGUCCAACAAAAGACACCCUGGUCCAAUCAAUCCGCUCCUUCGUAGACGCCGAGAUCGAUCGCGACCCUGUCAAAUACCUAGCCAAAAACCCUCGCCUUGCCGCACCUCUCCUCGAAGGCGCUGCCGCUCGCGCAGACAUCUACCCAAAGACCGAAGCCGACAUUGACAACUUUAUCCAAGAUUAUCUUCACACUGCAGAACAAGCACUACGAGACAUUCGCAAGUCUGAAAUUGGUGACGAAGCAGCAAGAAAAGAGGAGGAAGCUGGCAACAAGGCCGACCAAGUCUAUGCCGAAGCAUCACAACGCCGUCACAAGGACCGUCUCGACCGCCAUGCCGAAGAGAUGAAGGAACUUGCAAAGAAGGAGCGCGCCCAGCAGAAGAAGGCCGAAUUAGAGGCUCUAAAACAGCGCGAACAAGAGCUGAAGAAGGAGAAGGAGCGUCUGGAAGUCUUGCAGAAGAAACAAUCUGACAGGGCAGAGGCUCGCAGGAAAGAGGAAGAGAGGAAGAAGGCUCGUCUCAAGGCUCUUGCUGAAGAGCGUGAGAAGAAGGAGAAAGUGUUGGAAGAAGAACGCAAGAAGGAAGAAGAAGAAAGAGCCAAACGCAAGAAGAUGCAAGAGGAGGAAGAGGCCAAACGUCUCGAGCAGGAGGCUAUGCGCAUGCUGCUCGAAGAAGGUCAGGCCAUGGCUUCCAAAUCUGGUGCUAGGAAACCGGAACGCGAACGCGAGCGCGAACGCAGCGAGAGUCUGGAGAGAAGAUAUGCCCGUCGAGACCGAGACCGUGAACGCGACCCCCGUUCUCCAUCAGCAGACCGCCACUACCGACCCGCCGACAGAGACAGGGACAGAAUGAGAGAACGAGGCUACGACCGCUAUGAAGGCCGUCGCGAAUCCACCUUGCGUGAAAUCAGUGCCGAGCGCGAGGCAUGGAAGGCGAAACAGCUCCGCGACAAGGACCGUCGCAGCAGAUCUCCCUCUCGCGAUCGUCGUCCUGCACGUCGUGAUCGUUCUCGCAGUCCUCUUAACAGGGGUGACCGUUACGUUCCCUCCGACCGCCAGGACCGCGAUACUCGCCGAAGACGUUCUCGUACUCGUUCACCCAGAGGUCAGGGCGAUCGUUACGUUCCUGCUGAUCGCCUUGAGCCAUCUGACCGCCGCACCCGCGAUCGCUCGAGAGACAGAGAUCGUGAUCGCGACCGCGAUGUGCGCGACAGGGACAGAGACAGAGAUCGCGACCGUGAUCGUGAGCGUGAGAGAGAAAAGGAUCGCGACAAGGAUCGAGAUAGAGAUCGCGAGAAGGACCGUGAUCGAGACAGAGACCGGGAUAGAGAAAGAGACAGAGAGCGAGAACGUGAUCGAGACAGAGACCGCGAUCGCCGCCGCAGAGACGACGACAGACCCAAAGCCGACCGCUACGUCCCUUCUGCCAGCGCUGGCGCCUCUCGCCGCGACAGCGAGAAACCCGUCAGCAAGCGCGAUCGUUCACGCUCGAGAAGCCGUGAGGCCAGGUAG